AGGUGUGUCUGCUGUCGAUGUACAAAUCUUCCCGAUUUUAUAAAGCAGGCACCUAUAAUAGGCUAAACUGAGCGCGCUGAUCUUUUUCUAAAGAAAAUAUAUCGGUUCACUACAGUGGACGUCAUGAACCAAAGGGUAUAAUUCUGCCUAUGGGCCUAUAUAGGACAUCAGGAUGAAGAACGAGGGAGAGACAACUGAAAGGCCUGACAACACGGCAUUCACGCAGCAACGGCUCCCGGCAUGGCAGCCCAUACUCUCCGCUGGCAUUGUCAUUCCUGGCUUUGUAGUCAUUGGUUUGGCUUUCAUAGGCAUCGGAAUUGGCCUCUUUCUGACCUCACAGACUAUCCAAGUGCUGGAGAUGGAUUACACAGGUGUUGAGAAGGAUUCACCUUGUUUCCGCUGUACGAUCCCAAGUCUCCAAAACUGCACCUGUGAAGUCACAUUCUCUCUUAGCGCAUUGUUUACGGGCCCUGUCUUCUUUUAUUAUGGCCUGUCUAAUUACUACCAGAACUUCAGAAAAUAUGGCGUGUCAAAAGACUAUUAUCAGCUCGCUGGCGAUACGCAAUAUUUCAAGAGUCCACAAGAUGUUUGCUCUCCAUAUUCGCAUGACUCCAAAAAAAACCCCAUUGUCCCUUGUGGUGCUAUAGCGAAUAGCAUGUUCAAUGACACAUUUGAGCUCUACCAGAUAAUCAAUGUAACGAAGAAGAAGGUUCCAUUAGAUGGUAAAGGAAUCUCCUGGUGGACUGAUUACAACAUAAAGUACAGGAACCCUUCGUCUGUGAAUGGCUCCUUUGCAAGCGCGUUUGAUGGUACAGUGAAGCCCAUAAACUGGCCUAAAGCAGCAUAUGAACUGGACCUCACAGACCCAAACAACAACGGUUUCCUGAACCAGGACUUUCUAGUGUGGAUGAGGAGAGCUGCGCUUCCUCAGUUCAGGAAGCUGUACCGGCGAAUCACAGAGGGUGAUUAUGCUGCAGGGCUCCCUGCUGGAAACUACGCUCUGACAGUCCAUUACAACUACCCAGUACUGAGUUUUGAUGGACGUAAGAAGGUGGUCUUCAGCAACGUCUCUUGGAUGGGAGGGAAGAACGACUUCUUGGGCAUUGCUUAUUUAGUAGUUGGCUCCUUGUGUCUGGUCAUGUCAGUGGUUAUGCUAAUAGUUUAUGCCAAAUUCAAAUUCUCAGAUGAUAAUGAUGCAUGAUGAUGCAAGGCGGCUUUGCUUAUUAAGAUGACCUUGUACAUGCAUGUAUCAAUCAUUUUGCAUUCACGUGCUAGAAAGUUUUAACUUCAGGUCAUUUAUUUAUUUUAAACCAGGAAUUAUUUGUUUACUAAAAGAACACAGGAUACGACAGGAUAUGCUUUAGGCUUAAGGAAAAAAAACUAUUAGGCUAAUAUUCUAAGAGUUUGUUCAAAUGUCUUAGAAUCUGAAGAUCAAAAUGAUUAUCUGAGGUCAUCAUUCAGGGAAUGUUACAGGUUUCUUUUAGUCUACUUUGUCUGUCUCGGGUAUAAAAUAUGAAUUAGCAGUUACUUUUAGUUUCUGGACAAUACAGAUAAAACAAAGCGAAUAAUGGUUUUUAAAUUAGCUUAAAACUUAUAUUUCUUGACUAGUCAGGAAAUGUUUAACAUAUGGACAGAGACAGUCUCGGUGCCAUAUCUACCUAUCAGAUGCAUAGCUUGGUUAAAGCUUUGUGUAUGUUUAGUUUAAUAUAUUGAGAAUUAAAAUGUAUUGCUGCUUGUAUAUUUUCUGUAAUAAACUUAAAAUGCUGUUUUAUAAUAUUAAGAGCAGUGUUUUUGUUCUGAGCUUUUGUUUCAAGCAUGAAAGAUUUUAUUUCCAAACAAGGGAAAUGGUGUGCUUUUACAGUGCCAUUUGUACUGGACAAGUUAAAUGAAAGUGAAGGGCGAAUCUUGACUUUGUUUGCACGCAUCGGUGAUAUUGAUCCUUGUUAGUGAAGCAGAUCUUAUUUGGGAGCAGUAUUCUGUGCAGUUUAGCUCUAAUUCUGCACUCUGGUUCAGUGUCUUUUGAAGUAAAAUGUUUGAAGAGUGAGGAUAGAACUAUAUUCAGAUUAAAUCUGCUCAUAAAUAUUGUUUUGUUUAUAUUUAAAAAUGUACAGCUUUUGAUUGUCUGGACUGUACCUGAUUUUUAAUGUUACUUAAAAAAAAAUAAAAUAAAAAAAAGGCUAUUGUCUGCACAUGGGUUUGGCAAGUAAAGAUGACAUAAUAAAGAUUUGUGAUAAAU